CAAGGUGAAAAACAAAACGUAUGAUCUCCUUGCGAAAUUGCCACUUGUCCUCUUACGUCAAUCGGUACGAUGGUGUAAAAAAUCCGGGUGUAUAUAUAUAGGGAGACCGUACAUUGUAGUAGAGCACUGUGUCUAAUCGGCGCAAAUCACGGGAAUACGAGCAUUCUUGCGCUUGCGCGGCUACGUUUCCCGACACAUUUGCAAGACCACUCUCCCUUCGCGUAUACCUACUCCCUAUUCGCACGUCCCGGCCUCGAACUUGAACGUGGAUUUUAAUUUCCGCGCCUACGACACUCCUUAUUCAUUCACGCUCUCACCGGUACCCGUUGCACCUUGCAGCUGUCACCGCUUGCAAGAUGACUACCAGAUUUACAGGAAUCAAACUGGGACCUCCCAUCGAGGUUUUCGCGCUGCAAAAGGCGUUCGUCGACGAUUCUCACGACAAUAAAGUGAAUCUGUCUAUAGGAGCUUAUCGCACUAGUGAGGGCAAACCAUGGGUCUUACCAGUUGUAAGGAAGGUGGAAAAGUUACUUGCUGCAGAUGAUUUACAAAAUCAUGAAUAUUUACCGGUUCUUGGCUUAGAUGCAUUUAGUCAAGCUGCUACGAGCAUGUUACUGGGUGCAAAUUCUCCUGCUAUUGCCCAAGGCCGUGCCUUCGGUGUUCAGUCACUCUCUGGUACAGGGGCAUUGCGCGUUGCUGCUGAAUUUUUGAGUCGUAUUUUGCAUUACGACACCUUUUACUACAGCAUACCUUCCUGGGAAAAUCACAAACUGGUAUUUAUGAAUGGAGGAUUUAAACACGCUCGCGAAUAUACAUAUUGGGACGAGAAGACUCGUAGUAUCAAUCUCGAAGGAAUGCUUAAUGAUUUAAGAGAUGCUCCAGAAAACGCCGUAAUCAUUCUACAUUCGUGCGCGCAUAAUCCUACUGGAUGUGAUCCAACUGCAGAACAAUGGAUUAAAAUAGCUGAUGUGAUACAGGAAAAACGACUCUUUCCGUUAUUCGACAGUGCCUAUCAGGGUUUUGCAAGUGGAGAUUUAGAUAAGGAUGCGCACGCCGUACGAUUAUUCGCCGAACGUGGAAUCGAAUUCAUAUGCACGCAAAGUUUUGCAAAAAAUUUUGGAUUGUACAACGAAAGAGUUGGCAACAUAACUUUUGUGUUGGCCGAUACCAAGGAGCUAGUCGAAGCUAAAUCGCAAUUGACGUUAAUUGUCCGAGGGAUGUACAGCAAUCCUCCUAAUCAUGGCGGUCGAAUUGUCGCGACAGUACUGAAGAAUCCAGAACUCUUUGAAGAAUGGAAAGACCAUAUUAGAACAAUGUCCAAUAGAAUUAAAGAGAUGAGAACAGGCUUGCAUCACAGAUUGCUCAAAUUAGGCACUCCAGGUACUUGGGAACAUAUUGUCCAACAAAUUGGAAUGUUCUCAUAUACAGGACUUACCGAGAAACAUGUGCAACAUCUGAGAGAUCAUUAUCACAUCUAUAUGUUACGCAGCGGUCGUAUAAAUAUGUGCGGACUCAACGAAUCCAAUCUGGAUUAUGUAGCAAACGCUAUCAAUGAAACGAUAAAGCUCUUCCCAGAUGGACAGAACGAUUUGGAUGAGAAUUUAACUGGUAACCAGAAUGAGAUUAUUAUAAAAACAGAAGAGAUGAAGCAAGAAAUUGAUCAAACCUCGUUCGAUAGUUACGAUGAAAUAGAGGCGAAAUUGAAGCAAAUUUGUGAUGGUGAUCGUGAAGAAAGCAAAUCGAAUAAGGAGAGAUCAAACUCAACUUCUAAUAAUCAAGAGGGAAGAUCGACAAUACCAAUUCCUCUAUCACACAAAAGUAUAAAUUAUAAAUAUUCAUCAAGAAAUGAAAUUGGAAGUCUACUUACCAAUGGUACGGAGAAUAUUGAAAUCAUUUUUGGUAGUGAGAGCGGAGAGGAAUGUGCGCGCGUUCCCAAAUAUACGUCUUACGAUAAUAAUGGAAGUAACGAGUUAGACAAAACGGAUCGAUAUACAAAUAUCACUAAAAUUGAUAAAAUUUUUCCCGAAGAUGUAGCUUUUCGAGGAGAGAAUGUAAGUGUGACACCGAACAUGAGGGCCGCCAUAAAACGCAAACGGAGAACUCGUGAAGAAAUGAUGGAAUCUAUAAAAAAAUCAAUUCGAAAUGCAUCCUCCCGAGAUACAAAUUCGAUGAGCAAUAGCGAUAUUUCGGAUAACAUAGAAGCAGCAAAUGAGAUAAAAAAGGAAUUGAUGUCGCCUAAAGCAAAGUUUACGGUCAAAGUGUCCGGCGAUCCUGAAGAUAUAUUUGAAAUUAUGCAAGAUUUCUCCAAGGAUACAAAGGAUUUUACUAUCCAAGAAUGCAAUGAUACUUCUGUGCGUCAAGGAAAUUCAUUUGUUACAUCUGUCAUAACAAUAGACGAUUCUCCAUUAGAGACAUAUAUUAAAGAGGAACACGACGAUACUAUGUCAAGAGACAAUGAGGUUUCACUCAAUUUGUCAACUUUAAAAAAUGACGAAUGUUCAAGUACGAGACUAAUGUCACAUUUUGAUGAGGACACCGAUUUUGAUGUAAAUAGCUAUUUAAUAUCAAACAUCAACAACGUUACCGAAGAACAUUCGAAAUUGCGACAAAAAGUGAAAAUACAAGAGGACGUUAUCAAGAAGUUAAGUAAUCAGCUCAUUUUGUACAAAAACUUGGAGAAGAAUCUGCAGAGUAAAAAUUCAGCGCUCGAAGUGAAGACGAAAAAGAUGGAAAACGUGAUGUACGAUUUUAGCACGAAAACAGACAGGACGACAGGAUUUCCGAUGAGUUAUAAAAAAGGCAUGGAUCUAAAGCACAAAUUGAUCGACGAUUUAACGAACAGAGUGAAUUAUUUGGAAGAGGCAAAUAAGAAAUUAAUGAAGACCAUAACUAUAGAGAGUCAAUAUAAGAGGAAGCUGGAGGGGCAGAUCAAGCAAAGGGACAAUCGAAUAAAGGAGCUUAAUUGGAAACUGGAGAAGGCUUCUAAGUUCCUUGAACGCGCGGAGAAGAAUACAAAUACGUACAGAAGAAAAAUGUUGAACAUGCAAACUUUUAUGAGAAGAAAGAAGCUCCUGGACGAGAAGAUGAGCAGAUUUAACGAGAUGCUGAUUGACAACGUAAAGGAAGGAUAUACCGAGAAAGCUGUAGCGAUGGCGAAGGAUAUUAAAGCGAUCUGCGGCUUGGGCGGUUACGACAAGCUAUUGAACUUCGGAUUUCCGCUUCCGUCGUUGACGGCUCUGCGAACCCCUCCCCGGGACAAUUCUUCGGAUUCUUACGAAAGUGGCAAUGCAACUCUACAAACUCAUAGUAAUGACAUAAAUGAAGAGAGUGGCGCGAGAGAGGAUGGCACGGAACCUGAUGCAAGCAAUCAAAUCCCAGAAUCAGUUUGUGAGGAAAUCGAUAUGACUGACAAUACGGAAACGGUGACGGGGACGGUUCAAGAUAUCUUUGAGGAGAAUAACGAUGUCGAUGAUUUCAGUACAAAUGAACUAAGAGAACAUUUUUUGUUACAAUUGAACGAAGUUAUGUAGCCGUGGAUUAAUCACGUCUAUUUCUAUUAUAGAAUUACGAUAUCUAUAAUUAAUAUCUUUUAAUUAACAUCUCGAAUUUAUGAUUUUAUUAUAUCAUUGUACAAAAUAAUCAUAAAAUUUGUAUAUCGCACAUCGUCGAUUCUGAAUCUUGUUUCAGAAAUGGUUUUUAAUCAUAUUGUAUAUACGUACAUACGUACUUGGGGGAAAAAGAUUAUAUAUAAUUAAAUAUCUAUAUUUAAAACAUG